GUCCGCCUCGGGGCCGAGCCGCUUUGGCCUUACGGCCUUGCGCGCUUCCCGGAGAGACCCCGGAGGUAGGAGGUGGCCCGGGUGAAGCGUCCACGUUGCUGACCGUGCUCCCGCGUGACUCUGAUGCCCCCGCAGUGCAAGCCAGCCCGGGCAGUCUGAGCUCGGAUGCGCGGGAGGUCCCAGCCAUGCCCAGCCUCAGAGCUCGCCCUGAAGAGGCAGAAAUGGAGCCCUCAGUUCCAGGACCAUCCCCUUGGACCCCUGGAACCCAGGCCUGUGUGAGUGAUGCUCCCGCCAUGACCCACCCUGGAUCUGCCCUUCAGCAUCAUCAGCCAGGUUGGGCCCCUGGGACUGAGGGCAAGGAGUUUCUUCAGAAGGAAGAGCUUUCUGAGGAUUUGGAAUCACAGGCAGGAAAAUCAGAAAACUAUGCCAGUGAUGACUCCCGGGCACCUGAGGUUGGAGAGCUCUGUGAUGAUGUAUCAGAAAGAGACUGGGGGUUCCUCUACGGGGAGGGCCACUCCGCCCCGGAGCAGGUGCCCCUGAAGGGCCACAUGGGAGAGAAAGAGGUGGAUUGUGAUGACCCGGAGAGAAGCUGCAGUCUGAGCCCAAACCCAGGGGCACAGCAGGGAGUCACUUUGGAUGAGGGGGCACGUCUGCACAGUGCACGUAGCCAUCAGAGCUCCCAGCGCAGCCUGGACCCAACCGUCUCCGAAGGGGUUCACACAGCCGAAGGCCAGUUCAUUUGCAGCGAGUGUGGGAAGACCUUCCGAGGAAGCCACGGUCUUACUCAGCAUCAGAUAACGCACACUGGGCAGAAGUCCUUCAUCUGUAGCGAGUGUGGAAAAUCCUUUGGCAUGCACUUGGAACUCCUCCAGCACCGGCUUAGCCACCACGGAGAGAAGCCUCACGUGUGCACCGAAUGUGGAAAGGCCUUCGGCCAGAGCUCCAGCCUUAAAAAGCACCUCAAGUCCCACAUGAGUGAGAAGCCCUAUGAGUGUAGUGAGUGCGGGAAGGCCUUUAGGCGGAGCUCAAACCUCAUCCAGCAUCAAAGAAUUCAUUCUGGGGAGAAGCCGUAUGUGUGCAAUGAAUGUGGGAAGGCCUUUAGGCGUAGCUCAAACCUCAUUAAACACCACAGGAUCCACACAGGGGAGAAGCCUUUCGAGUGCAGUGAGUGCGGGAAGGCCUUCAGCCAGAGCUCACACCUGAGGAAGCACCAGAGGGUUCACACUGGAGAGAGGCCUUAUGAGUGUAGUGAGUGCGGCAAACCGUUCAGCCGGGUCUCCAACCUCAUUAAGCAUCACAGGGUUCACACUGGGGAGAAGCCCUACAAGUGCAGUGACUGUGGGAAGGCCUUCAGCCAGAGCUCCAGCCUCAUUCAGCAUCGCAGGAUCCACACUGGAGAGAAGCCUCACGUGUGUGGUGUGUGCGGGAAGGCUUUUGGUUACAGCUCGGUGCUCAGGAAACACCAGAUCAUCCACACGGGAGAGAAGCCUUACGCCUGCGGCGUGUGCGGGAAGGCCUUCAGCCACAGCUCGGCCCUUAUCCAGCACCAGGGCGUACACACGGGCGACAAGCCCUACGAGUGUCACGAAUGCGGGAAGACGUUCGGGCGCAGCUCCAACCUCAUCCUCCACCAGCGGGUUCACACCGGGGAGAAGCCCUAUGAAUGCACAGAGUGCGGGAAGACCUUCAGCCAGAGCUCCACUCUCAUUCAGCACCAGCGGGUCCACAACGGAUUGAAGCCCCACGAGUGUAGCCAGUGCGGUAAGGCCUUCAACCGCAGCUCAAACCUCAUCCACCACCAGAAGGUCCACACCGGGGAGAAGCCCUACACGUGCGUGGAGUGUGGGAAGGGCUUCAGCCAGAGCUCGCACCUCAUUCAGCAUCAGAUCAUCCACACUGGCGAGAGGCCCUACAAGUGCAGUGAGUGUGGGAAGGCCUUCAGCCAGCGUUCGGUCCUCAUCCAGCACCAGAGGAUCCACACGGGGGUGAAGCCCUAUGACUGUGCCGCCUGCGGGAAGGCCUUCAGCCAGCGCUCCAAGCUGCUCAAGCACCAGCUGGUCCACGGCAGGGAGUGAAGCCCCCCGCCCCCGCCCCCAGAGCUGACCGGUACACCCACACCUCCACCCUCACGGCCACUGUCCCGCUGUCCCCAGAGCUGGGCCUGCUAUGAGACCUCUUCAUGGGCUUCCUGCCCAAGCUCCCCCUCCUGUGACCUCGUGUCCUUUUUGUUUUGUUAUCAGACUGCCACGUGUUGGGAGGGAGGAGAUUAUAGGGCUGCACUCUCAAACACAACCAGAAAAGUGCACCGACGUUUGGUUCCAGAUAACUACGGUAAUUCUUUUGUUCGAUAACUAGUCGUAAGGAGCAAGUUCUUCGUCAGUGGCUAUAGUUGGUAUUCUGUCCACGUAGAAUCAGGUCAAGAGUUGUUGAGGUCUGAUUGUUGUCACCCUCCCCCAGAAGUGGUGUGUGCACGACGCCACCACCUCCUCACCCUUUCUUGUCCCUCCCAUUCCACAGUGAGAUGCAAGAUUCCUCACUGCCCCUCUCCCUGGUGGCUGGCUGCAGUCUGAGGUCCUACCUUUGCAUUCUGCUGUGACUUGGGCCCCUGUGGUCCCACUUGGGGCUGUUUCCCAGCCUCCAGCUCCAUGCCUUAACCACAGAGCCCAACUUUCUCUGUGCCCCUCCUGUUCACUCCACAGGCUCCCAGGCUCAGCUUUUCCCCAGGUGCAUCACCUGCUGGGUGAGCACUGGUUCCCUCCUCAGUUUCCCUGAGCUGUGCCCCUAGUCACCAAGCAGGGGGAACUUGGCCCAGAAGCAGCACCUCUGCCACCUGGGAGGCCCCUGGAUGCAGCCAGCAGUCUAUACCUGGGGGUGUCAUAGGAUGGGUGGAGGGAGGGGCACCUGCAUUAUCCCAGGAGGGGAGAAGGCAACAGGCAGGUUUUGUGAGGUCUGUGUUAUGGUGGAAGGUAAGGUUUUGGCUUUGGGCUUCCAGGGGAGUAGAGGCAAGGUUGGCAGUUGCAGACGAGGAAGGAGAGGCUGUUGACUCGGAUGCACAGCUGAGUCCCAUGGGCUUGGGCAGGGUGGGUUGGUUGCCUGCCCUCACCUCAGACCACGCUGAGCAGCCAUCACUGUCACACCCUCCCCUCUGCUUCAGCCCCUCCACUAAGGCAACACUGUGCGGCUUGGACACAGCCCUGCCCUGUCCUCCAGCUCAGCUGCCCGGUCUCCCACCUAACAACAGGCACCUCUUCUGGCUCCUUGUCCAGCCUGGUUCUGUGAUUCCUUUCUUCAGUAAAUACAUGCUGAACUUGC